AUGGCUGUCCAGAUCAAGAACGUUAUUGUUGCUGGUGCAACUGGAAACCUUGGUGGUCCUCUGGUGAACCACCUCGUCGAGGCUGGCUUUAACGUCUCUGGCCUGACACGACAGUCUGGUGUGUCGCUUCUGGAUGGCGUUAAGGCGGUUCAGAGCGACUACUCGCCCGAUUCUCUUGUCCAGGCGUUCGAGGGCCAAGAUGCCGUCAUUGCCGCCGUGGGUUUUGGCGCCCUUGGAGACCAGAAGAAGCUCAUCGACGCCGCCAUCAAGGCCUCUGUGAAGGUAUUCCUGCCCGGUGAGUUUGGCAGCGAUACCACAAACCCAGAUAUAAAAAGUGCCUUGCCCUUUGCUGGCGACAAGUCGUCUGUUGUGGACUACCUUAAGGAUCACGAGAGCCAGAUAAACUGGGUUGGUGUCAUCUCGGGUCCCUUUUUUGAUAUGGGAUUAACCGCCGGUUUCCUGGGUGUCGAUCUAAAGACAAAAAAGGCUACCCUCUACGAUGGUGGCGAUGUUCCUCUGACAGUCAGCACCCUGGGCCAAGUAGGCCGCGGAGUUGCCGCUUCUCUGCGGAACCUGGAUCAGACUGCCAAUAAAUUUGUUUACAUCUCUAGUACCACGAUAACCCAGAACAGGCUCCUUGAAGCUGCCGAGAAAGUCACGGGCAAGAAAUUCGAAGUCACCCAUGUCUCAACCGCUGAGAUUCGUGAGAAGGGUUACGAGAAGCUCAAGAACCAUGAUUACUCGGGCGUCUUGGAUCUACUGCAGUCUAUCUGGUUCGGAAAGGAUAAGAACCUCGGCGACCAUACCGGGCUGCUCUGGGACGAGAAGCUAGGACUUACGCCUGAGUCUGCAGAUGAUGUCUUGCACUCUGUCGUCGCUUCAUUCUAG